AUGUGGCAUUUACUAACUUCUUCUGUUAGACUUCUUUUAACAAUUAUGCAAUAUUUCAUCCAUAAAGAUUUUCAUGAAGCAGUGGCCAAAAUGUCUAUCUUUGAUGCUUUUCUCUUCUUGAUUAUACACUCCAUUGACAAGAUGGUAGCAUGGCAUCGUUUUCCUGUUCUAUUGGGACUGCUUUAUCUGGCCAUUAGGAGACAUCUUCACCAAAAGUACAAUCUCUUGAACGUAGGAACAACUGAAGGAAUUAGGUCAAACCCUUCUGAUUAUCCAUAUAGAACACUUGAUGGAAGAUAUAAUGAUCCUCUUAAUGAUAUUGCUGGAAGUCGAGGAUCUUUCUUUGGUAGAAACGUUCAUCCUGUGGAUCAGAAGAAUAAGUUGUUGAAGCCAGAUCCAAUGGUUGUGGUGACAAAACUUAUGGAGAGGAAAACAUUCAAAGACACUGGAAAACAAUUCAAUGUGUUAGCAGCAGCUUGGAUUCAGUUUAUGAUACAUGAUUGGAUUGAUCAUUUGGAGGACACUCAACAGAUUGAACUCACUGCAUCAUCUGAAGUUGCAAACCAAUGCCCUCUAAAAUCUUUUAAGUUCUUAAAAACAAAGGAGAUUCUCACAGGCUCCUGUGAUAUUAAGACUGGAUGUGCCAAUAUACGCACACCUUGGUGGGAUGGAAGUGUGAUAUAUGGAAACACUGAUAAAGUUUUUAGACAAGUGAGGACUUUUGAAGAUGGAAAGUUAAAAAUAUCAAAGGAAGGUACUCUUCUACAUAAUGAAGAUGGAGUAGCAAUAUCGGGUGAUGUUCGCAAUAGUUGGGCUGGUGUUUCAGUUUUGCAGAGUCUUUUUAUUCGAGAACACAAUGCUGUUUGUGAUGCUCUCAAGAAAGAAUACCCAGAAUUAGAAGAUGAAGAUCUUUACCGCUAUGCUAGAUUGGUGAUAUCGGCUGUGAUUGCGAAGAUUCAUACCAUAGAUUGGACUGUCGAGCUUCUUAAAACUGACACCUUACUUGCAGGCAUGCGGGGAAAUUGGUAUGGAUUAUUGGGAAAGUCAUUCAAGGAUAAAUUUGGCCACGUUGGAAACUACUUCUUGAGUGGAAUGGCUGGAAUGAAAAAAUCAAAAAACCAUGGUGUUCCUUACUCUUUCACUGAAGAAUUUGUUGCUGUCUACAGAAUGCAUGCACUCCUACCUAAUUCUCUGCAACUGAGAGACAUAUCUGCCACUCCUGGACAUAACAAAUCUCCUCCAUUAACCAAAGAGAUUCAUAUGAAUGAUCUCAUUGGACUACCAGGAGAAAAGACUUUAUCAGAGAUAGGAAUUGCAAGAACAUUAGUAUCAAUGGGUCACCAGGCUUCCGGAGCCUUAGAGCUUUGGAACUAUCCAUCAUGGCUUAGAGACCUAAUACCACAUAACAUGGAUGGAACGGAAAGAUCAGAUCAUGUGGACUUAGCUGCUCUUGAAAUUUACAGGGAUAGAGAGAGGCGAGUAGCCAGAUAUAACCAAUUCAGGAGAGCAUUGUUGUUAAUACCUAUUUCAAAAUGGGAAGAUUUGACGGAUGAUAAGGAAGUAAUUGAAGCAUUGGAAGAGGUAUAUGGAACUGAUGUUGAGGAGCUAGAUACACAAGUAGGUCUCAUGGCAGAGAAAAAGAUAAAGGGUUUUGCAAUUAGUGAGACGGCUUUUAUAAUAUUUCUUAUCAUGGCAACUAGGAGGAUAGAAGGCGAUCGGUUUUUCACAAGCAACUACAAUGAGGAGACCUACACUAGAAGGGGAUUGGAAUGGGUUAACACAACGGAAAGUUUGAAAGAUGUUAUUGAUCGUCAUUAUCCUGAAAUGACAAACAAAUGGUUGAACGCUUCAAGUGCUUUUUCUGUUUGGGACGCGCCUCCAAACAAACAUAAUCCUAUUCCACUUUUCAUUCGUGUCCCUAAUUAA